AUGCCCGCUCCGACUACUACCCUCCUCAUUGAGGGUUCGUUCUCCGAGCUCGCUGAGGAGUUCGCCAACUACAUCGAUUCCCUCCGCAAAGAGGGCAGCCUCCAGUCCGAGAUCGCCCCGCUCCUCCAGCCGAUCCGCGAGCAGGAACAAUCCGAAGGCGAGCCCGACCAGAAGCAGUACGAUGAGGUCCUCAAGAAGAUUGUCGGCGCUGCGACCGCUCUGAACGGUGCCCCCGAGAAGGAGAUCACUCCCUCCUACAACUUGCUCGUUCACCUUGUGCACCAGUCUUCUGACCCUGACAUGUUCCUCCCUCGCAUCUGCACCUAUCUCGCUAAGCCCAUCACCACUUCUCCCCAAUUCGGCCCUACUCUGGCCAUCAACAUCCUCACCACCAUCUUCAACACCCUCUCCGCAAACGACUCCAGCCGCUACCACGUCCUCCUGGCCAUCGUUGCCAUCAUCCGCCAAUCUGGAUCCGGAUACGCCUUUGAGGCCCUGAAGCCCCAGCUGCUCAACCAGCUGCCCACAUGGUUGUCCGCCUGGGAGCUGGACGCCGAGGAGGCGCAGAAGUUGCACCUGGCCGUUGCUGAUGCUGCCACCGCCGCCGGUGAUGACGACCUCGCCCAGACGCACGUUGUCGAGGCUCUGCAGACCAUCCCCGCUGCCGAGUCCACCAAGCCUGCCGCUCGCGACCUGGGUGUGCGCGCUCUCGCCUCUGCCCUGCGUCGCCCCACCGUCUUCGACUUCACCCCUCUGACUUCCUCCGACACCGUCCAGGGCCUCCGCUCCAGCGACAGCACUCUCUUCGAGCUGCUUGAGAUUUUCACCUCCGACACCCUCGACGCUUACGAGGAGUUCAUCGGUGCCAACCCACUCGCCUCGAUCUCUGGCGGUGUCCUCGCCGAUGCCUCCGACGCCCUGCAGACUAAGAUGCGUCUGCUCACCCUGACCUCUCUGGCCUCCUCCACCCCUUCGCGUUCGCUCCCCUACGCUACCAUCGCCUCCGCUCUCCGUGUCCCCGCCUCCGACGUCGAGAUGUGGGUCAUCGAUACCAUUCGCGCUGGUCUGGUCGAGGGUAAGCUUUCGCAGCUGCGCUCCGAGUUCCUCGUUCACCGCGCUACUUACCGUGUCUUCGGUGAGAAGCAGUGGUCUGAGGUACAGGGUCGUCUGAUGGUCUGGCGCCGCUCUCUCGAGGGUGUCCUCACUGUGAUCCGCUCCGAGCGUGAGCGUUUCGUCCGUGAGGGUAUCCAGGCUGCUGCUGACCAGGAGGCCGCCACUGCUGCCGGUAGAACCGGUGACAAGGCCCGAGGCCUCGUUGACCGGCGGCGCAACCCCCAGCAGGCUUCUCAACCCCGUGAGGUUGAGGGCACUGCUGAGUAA